UAAUCCUAAACUCGCGGAUGCAAAUUGCAAACGGGCUUAUUAACCUCAAUCCAGUGCGGCAAAACAACUUGGGAAUAACUACGGACUAAAUAAAACCUCACCGGAUGAGGGGAAGAGAAAGCAUUAACGCGAUCAAGGAACAAGAAACGCUCUCUUCAAGUAAUAACCUACCAUUCUCUAAAGCACAUUUUGGGAUAAAAAGGAGAUGAAUUCAGGCAAGGAGGCAUUGGGGAAAUGACAAGCGGGAAGUCCAAGGCAGGGGUUAGGGUUGUAGCCAGACGUUGGCGCAAGCGCUGUGCGGCGCAGUGGCAUCGCAAAAAAAAAAAGUUGGUGAAAAUCAUGACGACGCAAAAAAGCUGUAACAAACAGCCCAACAACCUGGCCAUGCAGGCAAAAAGCAUGAGACUCGGAUGCGGGGAGUCGAACCCCGGGCUGUUGAGGGAGCAGACACUGCUAAGCAGUGAGAGUCAACGAUGUUACCGCUACACCACACCCGAUGAGUCGAGGUGGUUUCCGACGUGUUGUUGUGGUUGGGGGGUGGGCACUGCCCUUAUCAAAGACCUAGGUCGAGGGCACGAUGAAAUCGGCGGGGGCUGCUUCGAGCUCCUGAGAGGAGAGGUGAUGGUGGGGAGGGGAGGGGUAGCUAAUUCCUACAACCAACCAACCAGCGGCCGUCUGCUCUUUUGGAGCUUUUUGUGUUCAGGCGGCGGGGGACACGGACGCUGUGGGGACCUGCCGCAGCGGGCCCCCCACAAAGCACGCCAACACCCGCGUGCUGGGAAGCGGGCCUGGUGGCCCGGGGAGGGUCUAGGCUUCGUACUAGGUUGCCGGCGAUCUAGGGCCACGAUCUACUCGCUAGGCCUUCUAAGUCGCCGGCCUAACUAAGGUGCGAUAGAACUAGUUGCAAGCAACUAGGGAGGUCAGUGCGGAGAGAACGACGAACCCCUCCGCAAGCUCGACCGAAAAGGACUCACCGCCGGGGUUGGCCUGUUUCGAUGUUCCUGUUUCGAUGUUCUGGACGCCAGGAGACUGAGAGGGGUAGUUGCUAGCGCUACGUCCUCGAAGAAGCAGAGUGGGACUAACAUUCUCGACGUUGGCAGGUGCUAUGUUUGCCGGAGCUGAUUUGUUGGUCUGUUGUAUUGUUGGUCUUGUAAAUAGCGCGCGC